ACAAAAACAGCUGGGCUAAUCAAUUUGUCAAAAAUGAAAUUGCUAAAGAAAGAAAAAAAGUUAAAAAUAUAUUAAAAAGCUAACUUACGAUUAAAUUUUGAGAUACAAUUAAAUUACACAAAUUUGUAGAAUUACUUUUGAUAUAAAUUCACAAUAUUAACUUUGGAGCAAAUCAAAUAACGAGACAUUGUGGAUAAAAUCAUUUGUACUUAAAAUAUUUUAACUAAUUUUUAGGGAGAACUAAAAACAAAAAAAGAAAAAUACUAAUCAGUAAUAAAAAGCUAGUGAAAAAAAAGAGAUACAGCAAUUUCCAUACAAGGAGUAAUAAGUAUAAUAUUUUCAAAAAUGGAAGUUAAAGUCGAUUCUCAGGAGCAGAACCUAAGUGAAAAACUAAAGGUAGACUUUAAAUAUCAGCAGUUCGAAGAUAUUGAAGAAGGAAUCAAAGAAAAAGAAAAGGACAUAUUAGAGCUAAUGCACAAAGUAUUUCAACUUUAUAAACCCGAUGAAAUGUUGCUGUCAUUUAAUGGAGGAAAGGAUUGUACGGUAGUUUUACACAUGUUACACAAUUUUUUCCAAAAUAACUCCAGUCUGAAACAUAUUAAAAUACCUACAUUAUAUAUCACUGAUCCAGAUGCGUUUGAGGAAAUCGAUCAGUUUGUGUCUGAUUGCCAAAUUCUUUAUAACCUAGAUCUAAUAAAGAAAAAGGGGCCAAUUAAAGAAGCACUGAAGGAUCUUUGUAAUGAUAACCCUAAGCUUAAAGCUGUAUUUAUGGGAUGUCGAAGAACCGAUCCUUAUUGUAAUGAUUUAAAAGUUAUGCAGAUGACAGAUUCUGGUUGGCCACCUUUAAUGAGGAUUAAUCCUAUUAUUGAUUGGAAAUGUCGGCAGGUCUGGGAGUAUAUAUAUCAUUAUAAUGUAACUUAUUGCAAAUUAUAUCAAAAAGGUUACACAUCUAUAGGAAAUAAGAAAAAUACGAAACCGAAUCCGUAUCUACGUUUAAUAGAUGUUACCACGGGGACAGUUGUCAAUUAUAGGCACGGGCAUGAAUUGCUGGACAACGAUGAAUUGGAACGAGCCGGGCGAUUUUAAAACAAUUUAAUUUAGUUAGUAUAAUUGCAAGUACAAUUUGUUUAAGAUUGUGUUAAAAAAAUUACUUAAUAUACAUUUACCUGAGCGGUGCUAAAAUUUUAAA